CCUACAGCCCGAGCCCCGGCCCGUCCGCGCGCAGGCGGCAUGAGGGAGGAGGCCGAAGGAGCCGGGGCCGAGCCCGGCGACUUCGUGCAACUGAAGGUGCCCAUCGUGCAGCAGCAGUACCACUGGGACUGCGGGCUGGCCUGCUCCAGGAUGGUGCUCAGGUACCUGAAGCUCCUAGAGGACGACUCGGCGUUCGAGCAGGCGCUGCAGGAGCUGCAGCUCACGCGCAGCAUCUGGACCAUUGACCUGGCCUACCUGAUGGGCCACUUUGGGGCCCGCCACCGCUUCUGCACGCGGACGCUGGGCGUGGACAAGGGCUACCGGAACCAGGCUUUCUACAGGAGACAUUUCGACGCCGAGGAGAGCCGGGUGAACCAACUGUUCGCACAGGCCUCGUCCUGCAAGGUUUUGGUGGAGAAGUGCACCGUGACUGUCCGGGACAUCCAGGAGCACCUGGCCCAGGGGCACGUGGCCAUCGUCCUGGUCGAUGCAGUCCUGCUCUUGUGUGACCUGUGCUCCAGUCCCGUCAAGCACUGCUGCUUCCUGCCCAUUGGCCAGAAGUGUUUCUGCAGGGGUCCUGCCUACCAGGGCCACUUCAUUGUGCUGUGCGGCUACAACCGGGCCUCCGAGAGCAUCUUCUACAACAAUCCAGCCUACGCAGACCGCGUGUGCAGCACCAGCGUGACCAACUUUGAGGAAGCCAGGACCAGUUACGGCACUGACGAGGACAUCCUUUUUGUCUACACCGACAGCUGACCUCAGGCUGCUGCUGCUGAACCCUCGGACGCCGGGUGUGGACGCGGAGCCCGUGAGCCCCGGGCUUUGUGCCUCCGCCCACAGCUGACCUCAGCGGCCAGCCCACUGCCUGGCCUGCCCCAGCAAUGCUGCUGCUGCUGCUGCCGCUGCCUCCCCUGGGGCUGGGGGCCUCCACAAAGAGGAACAGCCCCUGGCAGGCAGAGGGACCCUCUCCCACCGCUCUCCAAACCGAGAUCCAUAUUCGUUAGGUCCCAAGCAGAUAAGCCCAUCGGCUUCGUCAUGGCCAGCCAGCGUGGCACCUUUGCUGUUUCUGCUGUGAGAGGAGGGGUCCCAUCGCCCAGCCUUUGGGUGGAGAGGGCUGAGUCCCACUGUCCCCCUCAUGCUCCACGCAGUGACCAGCAUGCCCGCCCGCCAUCUGCCCACUCUUUACUUUGCCUUGAUUCCAUCAGGGAGGAGGUCUUUGGGCACCUCCGGUCCAUUGUGCCUGGUCUUGGGGCUGCCUCCGGGAGAGGCUCCCCUACCCCCACCCCAGCACACACACACUGGAAGUCUUGAGGUAGAGGCCGAUGACCACUAGUUUAAACCAGCACAUUGGGAGGUCAGAGGGGAGAUCUCUUCUUGGUCAGUCCCUGCUGGGUUGGGUCAGAGGCCCUCAAGGAGCCUUCCCUCCAGCUCAGAGAUUCUGUGCUUGCCCGAGGAGCCAGGUUCUGCUCUGAGUUGGGCUCAAGCCUGGCCUCCUGUAGGAGAAGAGACAGAGAUGCUUAGGGCUCUAGGGUGUGGCUGGCAGGCAGGAAGCUUUGUUCCUGCCCUCUGGCCCCAGGCGUUGGCGAGAGGGACUUGGGUUACGGAUCCAGACGGUAAAGCAGAGGACCGACUGGCCCCUUGGGACGGCCGGGAGCCAGGCACGGGAGCCCUGCUGCCGUCAGUCCAGCUCCCGUCCCGUAGCCAGGGCCAAUUUAGGUCUGGCUUUGGCGCGGAUGAUUCCAAGGACCCCUUCAGGGAUCUUCUGAUUGGUCCUUGGCUGAUUAGGCUUGCCAGGGUUAUAGUGGCCUUUAUUGCCAGGAUGUGGCCAAAAGAGCAGUCAGCGUGCAUGCUGAGCCCCUGACGCCGGCCCCCGGUGCGGACUCUUGUCCCGGAGCUCAAGCAGGCCCAGCAGCAGGGAGCCAAGGCUCAGACCGCCUCCCAGUGGGAUCCCAGGGCACAGCUCAGGGGGAUGCUGGGCCUCAGUCAGGGUGGGCUCUGCGGUUGGUGGGGUGGCUGCUGCCUGUGGGAAAGCCCCAUUCUUCUUUCUAAAGAGAAGUCACAGGGAACGUGAGACCGGGUGCCGGCCAAUGCAGGAAGACCGAAGCGUCCAUGGUGGGCAGUUCUCAGCCCCUGCAGCAGCUGUGCAGACAGGCUCAGACACCCGGCCUGUUGAAAGCUCAGAAUGCUAGUCAGAGUGGGACAAAGGAGCAGAGGCGGCCGGCUCUGAAGGGCCUCUGGGCAUCCCCAUCAGGUGCUCUCCCAAGCCGUGAGCCUGCUGCUUUUGAACCCAGGCCAGUGGGGCUGCAGGUAUUCCUCUGCUGGGGCUGCAAUGAAAUGGGUCCUUUUCAGAGCAUCUAGAGCGAAACAAAACUGGUUAAGCGGGAUAGGUCAAGUGAGCCAGGCUCAGAGCAGCAUCUUCAUGGCUGAAUUCGAGGCUGGGAAUACAACUGGUGGCCAGAGGCCCUGCAAACGUGGGUGCCUUUGUCCUGGCCCUGGGCGCUGAGUGGGGGGUACCUGUGCCAAUCGGGAAGCCUGGCUGGGGGAGCAGCUGCUUGUCUCGGAUCCAGAGGGAUCGCUGCCAGCCAGCUAGGGCCAAGGGUGGGUGACCAUGCUGGAAACCUGCACUGCCCCGUUUGCUAUACGGUGGGUUUUAUUUCCUCUGACCACAGGAAAGGGAUGUUUUACAUGCAGAGAAAUUUUAUACAUAAAUAUAUUUUGUUUGUAA